AUGCAACAAACCAACGCUCGCUACCGCUGCAUCGGCAAAGGCUUCUGCGGCAGUGUCUGGACCCUCGAAGACAGCACCCGCCAAACCGCCAUCAAGCGCGAAGACGGCGGACCAGGCCGCUCCGUCACAAACGACUACAACAUGCAUGUCAAAGUAGUCGAGAGCACGCAGCAGCACCAGCCCCUCUCCACGCCCCUCUGCAUACCGCAAUGCCAGCGACUCAUCCAAGCCAGCGACCCCUGGUGGCACACGAGCCUCGCCCAAUUCCCACCGGGCUACUCACCAUGCAGAGCCCUAGCCUCGGAGCGCAUCCCCAAAGUCCCCCGGUCCACCGGCGACAAACUCGUCGAUCUCUUCUGCGCGGGCAACACGUCGCUGAGCGAGUUUGUCAAGGGAAACCCAGACGACGACGCUUGUCUGAUUCGACCGUACCUUGGUCGCCGGCGGCGCCACAGGCAAGACGGAGCUAGUCAAUCGCGCUUUCAGCGCUUCAGUCUGCGUAAUGUGCCGUUGCAUGUUGAUCAGAUGGAGGUGCUGGGGUUGGACGUCAGGGCGUAUGCGGGAGCCAUGGCGGAAGCGCUUGCGCUGAUGCACUGGGGUGCGAGAAUCGAUGCGAAUGAUGUUGAGUUUGUGCUGGCUCCUCCGCGCGCAGGGCAUGCACCUACCUUCGAGUCGGAGUAUCUGGGUGUUCACUGCAUGUGGAUUCUCGACUUUGACUGUUGUCGUCCGAUUCAGAUUGAUGAGACGGGCGUUGAGCAGGCUUGCGUCGCUUUCUACAAGAACGAUCCUUUUUAUCCCAAGCCGGGGACUGGUGAGGCAGCUGAUGAGGAGCUUUGGGCGCUGUUCAAGGAGAAGUUCCUGGAAUCUAGUCACAGGAUCAUGGGGGAAGCGAGUCAGGAGAAGUGGUUCCUUGCUGAUAUGUUGGUGGAGAGGAUUGAAGAGGAGGGUCGGUCGAGGAGGAAGGAUAAGGAGGCAGGGGCUUCUUAG